UGUUGCCGCCGUCGUGCCGUGCGGUGCCGUGCCCAGCCGUGCCGUGCCGUGCCCAGCCGUGCCCUACCGAUCCGUGCCGUACCCAUCCGGGCCGUACCGAUCCGUGCCGUACCGAUCCGUGCCGUACCGAGCUGCCGCGAUGAUGCCUGGCAGAACUCUGCGCAAGACCGCACCGUCCGCUGCUCCCGCAGAGCGGGAGGUGGUGGCGGAGUGCGCCGUGCAGCUGCGCAGGGUAGGCGACAGGUGGGACCUGCGGCAGAAGAUCCUGAACCUCCUGACAAAGCUGUUCUGCCCGGAAACGUGAGCUCCCGUCGAACACGGUGCGCUGAAAAGCAAGGGAAGACCUUGGCUUUGUGGAUUUGGAACAAGAGACUUCACCGACACUGGAAGAUGAAGAAAGCUCUUUGUGUUGUAUUUUGCUGCCUGUAGCCACUGAAGGAUGGUUACGUGAUUUCUUUGAAGAAUGUUACAGCAAUAUUGCCAUAUGAAUGCCAGAUGGGAAAAAAAAAAAAGAUAGUGAUGGGCAGAGCCCCUCACCAUGCAAUGGGGAGACUUGGAGCAAGAUGGAACUUGCCCUUCAGCCUGGUCUGAGCAGACUUCCAGGAUCCUGGUUUCCCCAGUCGCCCUCUGGUCCUCAUGUCUCACAGCUACGUUUCACCGAGGGGCUUGGACCACCUUUGGGAUGAAGCCAAAACAAGUGUCAAUGUCUUGGAACUUGGGAUCAUAUAUCAGAAGGCAAAAGCCAGUUGCUCAGUUUCUGACUGCUCAUUUUUUAAAGCAUAGAUUCUGCUGGACAGGGUUCUGGUGGUGGGAUUAUUUCAUCUGUUAAGUCAACCUCUAGCUUUAUUGAAAGGUUAUUUGUUACACGAUAUUGCUUUAUGGACUAAAAAAUACAAUUCGAUGAAUUAAUAUGAUGUUGCAUAGUUCUAGUCUAUAUUUUAUAUACAUGUCUUUGUGUAUAACCGUUCAAUAGAAGUAGAUCUUAAAGCUGAAUCUAAGUUGAAUCUCAGGUUUUCUUGAGACUGUUAUUUACUCAAAGAAAGCAACUACCUCUCUUUGAAGAAAUAAUAGAAUUUAAUGUUACAGUCGGUACAGGAAGGCAGCCUUGGAUUUCUGAAUGUUUAGUUAUACUUAGAAGUGAAGGUUCUUCCCUUGUACUUUAUUUCCAUUUCAUUUCAUGGCAACAUCAUUUUCGUUCUGGAAUGAUGAUGCCACUGUAGCACAUCGAGUGGAUGGAUGGUGAUGCAUUAUGCCUAUCUCACUGAGGGGUUAUUACCCUUGCCUGGCUUUGGAGGAGCUGAAUUAAGCAUGCUGAUUGCUGUCAAGGCAAACAGUAACUCUUCUUGUCAAUUCAUGUCAGACACAAUCCUAAAACAGUAUUUUGUCAUGAGUGCAAGAUAUCAAGAAAAUGUCUGAAGUUGAUGAUGUUUUGUAGCUACCUCUUAGGUCAAUGGCCAGAGUCCCCUCUCUUAACUAACCUUGUAUGUAAGUACAUUGGCAUUGUAUAAAGCUCCAUAGUUGCACUUUCUGAAUUCUGGGUCUGUUCAAAUUACUUUUUUUCCUGCCUUGUAGUGAAUUCUUGUUUGUAUUUAUAAAAUUAAUUUUUUUGUUAGGUCUUCUGAAUCUGCCUUUGCAAAAUUGUCAUUACAUAGCUCUGGUCACUCUGUCACAAACAACUGUAUAUGGCUGUUACUUGUUGCCACUGAUUUCGCUAAGCAGAAGCUGACCAACUUUGCCUGCUUUCCACAUGGAGGACUUAACCCCAUCCCAGGGGUGUUACUGGGAGCUUUGCCAUUGACUUGAGCCACAUGCAUGGUUCCCUCCUCCUCUAAGCCAGCUAAUACCUUUUCAGUGAGAACCUAAUGUUUCCAUAAUAGUUGUUAUUUGUCUUAAUACUGCAAAAUAACAUGUUUUGCUGACAUAUACAGAGAUCGUUUUUUCAGGUAUUAAAAAGUAAAUGCAAAGAGUUUCUGUUCGGCUAAACACCAGCUCCUAGACUAACGCUGCGUGCAACUUGGCAAAGUGGUUCAUCGAAGGCAGCCCCAACUUCAAUAGAAGGGCUCCCGCUGUAUGACCUAGGCUUGGUGGAGGCUUGGAGUUUUCAUCAAGGACACUAAACAAUGAUCAUGACUGUCUGGGACUCUCAGGAAAAUUCAGCUUUAGCAUUCACAUCAGUACCUGAAGUGUAUUUGAAUGAAAGCGUUCUCCUCAAUGUAUGCUGCUUUGAAAUUCAAUAGGAAAUGAGGUGUGGGCCUCAUAGAGCCUGCCCAAUUCUUCAGGCUGUAGCCCACAUGAAUGUUAUGAAAAAAAAGUAUGUCCAUAAACAUAUUGUCAUGGGGAUAUCUAAGUUGAGUAUUAGCGCAGUAUUUUUCUGUCCAGAUUUGCAAAGACUAUUUGCCUAUUGUGAAAUGUUUUUAUGUUUCUUUGAGUAUUGUCAAAAGUGUUAGCAUUCACCAGGAGCUCAGGAAAAAGAUCUAGAUCCAAGCAAUCAGUGCCAGUAUAUAAGCAAGUGCUUGCUGAUGUCAUCCUUCCUAUUCCUUUUGUUACUUCGGCAAAGGGACCUGCUAUAUGACUGUAUCAACAUGAGUUUGUUUUUCUUACGGCCUAUUCUGGAUAUGGGCCAGAGGUUUUGCUGUAUGCCCUGUGCAUGUAUGUCUUGAAUUCUUGCUGAAAUAAUAAAUACAAAGCAUUUGCAAGAAAAA